AUGCGCGCGGCAGCCCCGACCAUCAAUGAGGUUACUUUCGAGCCUGGCGCGCGGGUGCAGGGCGAGGCCCUGGGGAACCUGCAAAACCUCGAUGUGCAUAUCAAUGCCUCGCGGAGGCGGGACGCCCAGCCCAUGACUACGCCGAACGCGGGUGAGCACGUCGAGGCCUUGUUCCAGCAUCUGAACGAUCCCAGGUGCGCGUUGAACUACCUGCGCGGGGAUCAUGGCUUCAUCGCUGACAGGUGCCUGUCGGAUGCUCCUCGAGACGAGAACUACGGCCGACAGCCCGACCCGACCAUCCUCACCGUGCGCUCGAAGUCGACCCACCACAAGCAGGCGAUCGCCAACAUGGUCUCCGAGUGGCUUCAGCCCGCCAACAUGCAGGUCGACACAGACUGGAAGAUCGAAGACCCAGAGAACCAGCCUAUCAUUUACAAGAGAGACGAAUUCCGCCAGUUCAUGGAAGCCGCUCUCAACUGCGAGGAGACACCGCUGCCCCCGCCGCUGAAAGUCGCAUACCACAAGCGCCUCGUGAAAGCAGCUGCCCAGCACGCGAGAACUUGCAUGAUCGUGUGCUCCCCGAACGACCGGCUGUCCCGCCUCACGGUCCUUCGGCCCGCCGACCGCAGCGGCGGCGGCGCCCUCGCAGUCGGCGCGGCCGUCGGCGGCCCGCCGCCGCCCUGCGCGGACGUCGUCGUGUCGCCUUUCGGCGCCGCCCGCGGCGGCGGCGUUCGCGGGCACCGCGGCGGCGGCGUCCGCGGGCACCGCGGCGGUGGCCGUGGCGGCGGCGGCGGCGGCCGCGGCGGCGGCGGCGCCCUUUCGGCCGUGGGUGGCGGCGCGAUCUGCCUCGGCGACAUCAGCAGCGACGACGGGUUCGCGGAGCUCGGCGAGGUGCUGCGGGUGGACACCUACGACCUCGGGGGCGUGGACGUCGGCGUAGGCCAUCACGGCAAGGUUGGCCGCAACUUCCAGGUGUUCUUGCGCGACAACCUCCUCCAGGAGAUCUGCUCACACGCCGAGGCGUUCUGGCUGCGCCGCUCCGCGCGCCGGGCGGUGCUCCGGCGCCUCGCGGAGGACUGCGCGCGCUUCGCGACCGAGGUGCGCCGCAGGGCGGCCGAGCUCCGCUCCGAGGCGGCCAAGGCCCGGCUCGCGAUGCUCCGCGGCGGCGACCUGGAGGGCUACGCGGAGGCACUCGCCGCCACCAAGGAGAGCCGCCUGCAGGAGGUCCUCGAGGAGACGACCCGGAUCCUUGCCGAGCUGCCUCCCCCGUGCGCCGGCGGCGGCGCCGAGAAGCCCCCGUCCCAGGUUCUCCGGAACGGCGAGUUGCUGCCCCACCAGCUCUUCGGAUUCCGCUGGUUGGCGCAGAUCAUCGACAAUCGGAUGAACGGUAUCCUCGCAGAUGACAUGGGACUUGGGAAGACGGUGCAGGUCCUCGCCCUCAUCGGGCACCUCCUGGAGGCCCAGAACGAGAAGGGUCCUCACCUCGUCAUCGUGCCCCUCUCGGUCAUGCACCACUGGGCGGACGAGAUCGUGGUGUGGCUGCCCGACGUGCGGUUCGUCAUCUUCCGCGGCCCGCGCAAGGACAUGAAGGGAAUCAUGGACGAUCUUGGCAAGGGCACCAACGAAGCCAACAUCGUGCUGACAACCUACGAAACGGCCGUGUCUCACCACGAGUUCUUGAGCCGUGUCCCGUGGCAUUUACUGAUCGCGGACGAGGGGCACAAGUUGAAGAACAUCAAGACCAGGGCUGCGCAGGUCUGCCACUCCUUGCCGUGCCGGCGCCGGCUCCUGCUGACGGGCACGCCACUACAGAAUUCCUUGCGCGAGCUCUGGAGCCUUCUCGUCUUCGUGGCGCCGCGGUCUUUCAGCUCGCUGGGCGACUUUGAGCAGUGGUUCGCCCUGCCCAGCGCGCAGGCCCACAGGCGCGAGGACGCCGCGCGGGAGGACGGCGGCCACAGCGAGCCGCCCGCCGAGGUCGUGCAGCCGCUCACCGAGGAGGAAGAGCUGCUCGUGAUCCAGCGCCUCCACAGCGUGCUGCGGCCGUUCCUGCUGCGCCGGACCAAGGGCGCGGUGUUGAAGGACCUCCCCUCGAAGCGCGAGGUGGUGAUCUGGGUGCCGAUCAGCGCGUGGCAGAGGACCCUCUACCGCAGGGGCCUGCGCGGCGCCCGCUCGGAGAGCGACGACGUUGCCGCUAAGGCCUCGAUGAUGGCGCUGCGCAAGGCGCUCAACCACCCCUGCCACUUCCUGCCGGAGAAG